AUGGGAAGAAGAAAUCAAACUGUUGUCUCAGAGUUCCUCCUCCUGGGCUUGCCCAUCGAACCCCUCCAGCAAGACCUGUUCUAUGCCCUGUUCCUGGCCAUGUACCUCACCACCGUCCUGGGGAACCUCCUCAUCAUUGUCCUUAUUCAACUGGACUCACACCUCCACAUACCCAUGUACUUGUUUCUCAGUAAUUUGUCCUUCUCUGACCUCUGUUUUUCCUCUGUCACCAUUCCCAAACUGCUGCAGAACAUGGAGAGCCAGGACCCAUCCAUCCCUUAUGCUGCCUGCCUGACACAAAUGUACUUUUUCCUACUCUUUGCAGGCCUCGAGAGCUUCCUCCUUGUGGUCAUGGGCUAUGACCGUUAUGUGGCCCUCUGCUUUCCCUUGCACUAUGCUAGCAUCAUGAGCCCCAGGUUGUGUCUCUGCCUGGUGGCACUAUCUUGGCUACUGACCACAGUCGUCUCUUUGUCACACACACUGCUCAUGGCUUGGCUUUCUUUCUGUGAGGACCAUGUGAUCCCUCACUUUUCCUGUGACAUGUCUGCUCUUCUGAAGUUAGCCUGCUCUGAUAUUCAAGUCAAUGAAACGGUGAUAUUUAUCAUGGGAGGACUUGUCAUUAUCCUUCCAUUCCUAUUGAUAUUUUUAUCCUAUGUACGAAUAGUGUCCUCCACCCUCAAAGUCCCCUCUUCUAGAAGCAUACGAAAGGCCUUCUCCACCUGUGGUUCUCACCUCUCUAUGGUGUCUCUCUUCUAUGGGACAAUCAUUGGUCUCUACUUAUGUCCUUCAACUGAUAACUCAACUGUGAAGGAGACUGUCAUGACUGUGAUGUACACAGUGGUGACCCCUGUGCUGAACCCCUUCAUAUAUAGCUUCAGAAAUCAGGAUAUAAAGGUGGCUUUAAGAAGGGUGUUUUCAAAACAGAUGACUAACUUUUCUCUGAGACAAUGA